AUGGACGAUCAAGCAGAAUCGAUGGUCGCUAAUGGCGAUAAUUUGAAUGCUAUAUCCGACGGCUUAGAAAGUGAUUUCAGCGAGUCGCACUCAACUACCAGCCACACUGCUGUUCAAUACGACACAAAACCUAUCCUAUCAGCCCUUCCUAUCGACAUCGUGUCCGAUAUUUUUAUUAUGGCAUGUGAAGACGUCCGCAAUCUAGAGACCGACCUUUUCCACCCACUCCCUCCGGUUCAAUUCUUAAUUGGAAGCGUUUGCAAAGCCUGGAGGGAGCUUGCGUGGUCCACUCCAGUCCACUCCUCGACUUUGGCGCCAAGUCAGGAUUUCUCUUUCGCCAAGUCGCUUUCUCACUCAGAAGCAACUGCUUCAAGAUUGGAUUAA